UUUAUUUCCUUUUUCCCCUUUUUUCCUUUCAUUCACCAAUUUUUCUAUUUUGUUCCUAAUUUUUCUCGCAUUUUCCAAUAAUUUUCUCUUCUAUAAAUUCACCCUUUCCCCACUUUCCCCAACCUCCUCCUUCUCUCCUCUCCGCCACUGCCGCCGUAUUUCUGCCGUUUCCUCGGAAUUUCAUUCCCCGUCCUUUUAGAUGCUCAAUCUCUUGUUCUUGAUGUUUCAGAUUCAUGUCUCCAAUUCUCAGUGAAAUUCUCCGUUCCGGUUUUAUGAUCAAUUCCUCUCUCCGCCGCCGCACGCAUCUCGUUCAAUCUUUCUCCGUCGUCUUCCUUUACUGGUUCUACGUCUUCUCAUGAACUUCUUUCACUCCUCUCCCUCAGAUUAGCAAGAUCACACCAGAUCGAUUGCCGGUUCGGAGAUUCUUAGUUAAUUUCAUUUGUAUCGGUAUCUUCGUCGUUUCGAUUUAGGUUUUCUCUUUCUACGUUAGAUUAGAUCAUUUAUAAUCUGUAAUCUGUGUCUUGUGUUCUGUGCUCUGCUGUAAAUUUAAUUGUUAUCAACUUCAUCUCUAUGGACUCUGCAAGCGGAAAUUCCUCUGGUUCCAUUAAGCUUCAAAACUCAGGCUCUGAAGAGGAUUUGCAGGUUCUGAUGGAUCAGAGGAAACGGAAAAGAAUGCAAUCGAAUCGCGAAUCAGCGAGACGAUCUCGGAUGAGGAAGCAACAACAUCUGGACGAAUUGAUGGUGCAAGUGACUCAAUUAAGGAAGGAUAACGCUCAGAUUCUUUCAAAUAUCAACAUUACAUCGCAGCUUUAUAUGAACAUCGAGGCCGAUAACUCGGUUCUGAGAGCUCAAAUGGCGGAACUGACUCAGAGAUUGCAAUCGCUCGAGGAGAUCGCUAAUUGCAUCAACAGCGGCGGCAGCAAUGGCGGAUUUGGAGAAACGGAGGAGGAAGUUUUUCAGAUUCAGACAAAUGUGGCCGCCGAUAGCUUCAUGAACUCGAUGAAUUUCCUGUACUUCAACCAGCCAAUCAUGGCUGCUGCUGAUAUCUUCCAUUAUUGAGUUCUGAAGCUUAAUUUCAUGAUCUGAUCUGUGUGUUUGAAAAAUGUGAAAUCAUCUUUCUGGUGAUUUCCUUGGGGACAUUGGAACAAUCUUCAUCAGAUUCAGAUGUGCUAAGGGAAGUAGAAAUGGGGUCUUAGUUGAAAUUAUUUUUGUAAAAGGGAGCAUUUGAGCAAAUCUUAUCAAACUCAUUCCUCUUUAAUUAUUAUUGUUUAUGCAUCUAACCUCAUAUUUACAAACUCUUAA